AUGACCGAGGCCCGCACUCUCCUGCGAGCCCACCGGGUCGAGCACCGCAUCAAGCAUCCCCACGCCGCCUACUCAGACGCCGGCAAGCUCCUCUGCAAGCUGUGCCACGAGCCCGUGAAGACCGAAUCGCUAUGGGAGGGCCACCUGCGCAGCCCGAACCACCGCCAGAAGCUGCAAGCACUACAAAGCAGCACCACCAACACCGGCGCCGCAGCCACCCCGCCUGCAGCAGACGGCAAGCGGAAACACGACGACGUGGACGAGUCGAUAUCGGAAGCGGACGAGGACUUCGAGGAGGCAAUCCGGAAGAAGCGAAGCAGACUCGAUAACACCAACGUCGACGCACCACCGAGCAACGGCCAUGGCCAUUCCAGCGGUGGUGCGUUCAGCGAUAAGGAGAGGACGCAGACGCCGCCGGUGCUGAGCAGACGAACCUCAGGCACGCCCGUGCAGGGCGUCGAGAUCGCGAUACCGUCGCGGCCGGCCACGCCGCUGGCAGGGUCUAAUUCCGCAAACUCGGUGCCGAAGAUUGCGCCGGUGGGCCGCUCGCUGCUGAUCGGAUCGGCGCCCGACGCCGCUGCGUCGUCUACGGGUCCGGGUCAGGGUCAGGGGGUGGGCCUGGCGAUAUCGACCGAGUCGCUCGUCGUGCCGGUACAGCAACACCCGAAUACCACAUCCAACUCCACCGCACCAACCUCAGCACCACCAACCACAACCACCACCGUCGACGAAGCCGAAUGGGCCGCCUUCGAGGCCGAGAUGGAAGCCGCCGCCACACCCCUACAGUCCAACCCCAACACCUACGCCGUGGACGCUUACACAAUCUCAGCGCCGGCCCUGACGGCCGCCGAGGUAGCCGCCAAGUCGCACGAGGAGGAGAACGAGCGGCGCAAGCACUCGCUCGACGCGCAGAUGGCCGACGAGCGCGAGGACGCGACGCGCCAGCUCGAGGCCGAGUUCGAGGAGAUGGAGGAGCUCGAGGGCCGCGUGCGCCGCCUCAAGGAGCGCCGCGAGGAGCUGCGCAAGGGGAGCGUCAUGAACCUCAAGGCGGCGGCGGCGGCGUCGGCUGAUGGUAGUAUACACAGUAAAGCCGGCCAGGGCAAGGAGAAUCUCGCCAAUAGGGAUGGUGAAGACGACGGUGAAGAAGAUGAAGACGAUGACGAGGAUGAAGAUCAAGAUGAGUGGGAUGGCUUCCGCUUCAAGGCGUAG